AUGAAUGAAAUUGCAGAAGUAGAUGACAACCACAGAAGAUCUCUGCCUGCCUCCAGCUCCCCUGUGUCAUCUCCAAGCUGCAGCUCCACCCAAACAUGGCUGACGGUUGAAUCUCCUCAGCGGCUGCCACGAACAAGUGACCGUCAAAUGGAGCAGGACCAGGACUCCCUGGACAGUCACACUGAGAUGCAGUCAAGUGAGCAUCCUUUGUGUCGUUUCUAUGAGGACCUCUUCUGUACCAGCCAGACUCUGGACCCUCUGGCUGGUGCCCUCAUGACCUCUGGGCUGCAGAGUGAUGUCGUGAAACAGGGUUACCUGGGGAAGCUGGAGCGGAAUCAGAGAAGAUAUUUUGUCCUGAGGGCAGGAAGUCACACUGGGCCCAGUCGACUGGAGUGGUACAAGAACCAGGAGAAGUUUACAGCAGUGGGGAAGUCUGCUGGGUUUGAAGAAGAGGAUGAUGGGUAUUGCACUCUGCCUCCUGCUGCUUUCUUCAAAGAGGUUUGGCCUGUCACAGUGAAGCCCAGAGGUCUGGGUCGUUCCAAGUCCCUUGCAGGAGAAACCCGACUCUGCCUCACAGCUACCUCGCUCAUCUUGGUCAGAGUGGGUGUGUGCAGUGAUUUGCCUUCAGUUACAAUACCUCUGCUGAGCGUUCGGCGCUUCGGCCACUUGGAGGGCUUGUUCUUCUUGGAGCUAGGCAGGUCAGCACCAAAUGGUCCUGGAGAGAUCUGGAUGGAAGCAAGAGAUCAAGGAAACCUCGCAAUUGCCCAGAACAUUCACGAGGUAGUUCGGGAGACGGUCCGGGCACUACGAGUGCUUCCUGAGUUCAGUUGGUCACCAGCCUCCAGCCACCAUCAGCCUCAGGCACUUCUGGCCUCAAAACGCAGUAGACCCAUAUACAGAGACAAGUUGGUGAAUGUGCGGCUCAACAGUUCUCCCCUGGCCCUGCCCCGCAGAAACCCUGAAAUCCAGACUAGUCCAACACGGUGUUGCCUAGAGCCCUGCAAACCAGAUAAAGCAGAACCUGAACCUACUCUGAGCUUCACCUCACAUCUGAGCCCCAUCAGAUCCCAGCUGGGCUCCAGGUCUGAUGCUGGCAGCUAUAUGGAAAUGAAGAUGGAGGGCUGGGAGCUGGGUGAUGAGGAGGAGGGGCUGGGCUAUGUGACGAUGUCCCCUCAGGUCAGACACAGUUCACCUGUGCUGCCUCAGGAUGACUAUGUGACCAUGGCGAGCCCACAUAAACUCAACUGGCCAGCUCACUCUUCCCCCUCCUCUUCCUUUCAGACAUCCUUCAACAGCUGCACCUCUGACAGCUACUCACCUAUACACCCAUCACAUCACCAGACCACUGAGCACUGUCUGCCACACUGGCUGGUGACCUCAGUGCAACAGUCAGAAACAGAAGCUGGCCAAUCACAGAUGAGCUUCUGCUGCUCCACUCAAUCACAGGAUGAUGCAAGACGGGAGCAGACAUCAGCUCAGUAUAGACACCCAGCACAUGCCAGGCCUACUUCUUCUCCUGUGGGGACUGCUGAUGUGCCCAACCUUAGGAUUCCGUUUGACAUGAGUGGAUUAGGCUGUACCAGGUCAGUCCAGGGUAGUCCAAACUCUGGUGCAAACCAGUCUAAUGGUCUCCAAGCAGUAGCAGACAAGUCUGUUAGAAGAUCCCAGCUGCUGUCCUGUCUGCCUUCUUGCCUGCAACCAUAGGACAUGUCCCGUAGUGCAGCAUGAGACUGAGACAGAGUAAAACCUGAUGCUGAAGGAGUAUUUGAAUUAAAUAUCUCUAACUGUUGCUAGUAUUUGUUGUACUUAAUUCUACUAGCAUGUUGACAUGUAUAGAGGAACUAGAAGUUUCAAGUCUUGCAUUCUGUACUAAAGUAUAUGUUUAAGAGAAAGUUCUUGACAAUUUUAGCGUAUUUCUCUGUAAAAGCACUUAGUGUCUGUUAUUUUGCAUAUUUCAUUUUUUUUUUUUCCUCAUUUAAAACCUUGGGUUUUGGUAUAAACCACAGAGCACUUAAAUGUUCCACUGUUUGUGAAAGAAUUCACAGAAUAAAGUUAUAAACAGUUUUUCUCUGGAGUCCCUCAGGUUCAUGUAGCUAAAAUAGGAAUUUACAUGAUGUUGAUGAGGCUGAAUCGACUUGAUAUUCAACAGAGCUUA